AUGAGAUGGUGUUGCGAGGAUCGAAUCGAGGAAUUUGGGGUUCUCGAGUUUUGCAGAGCUAGUGUUGGAUACGAAACUUACUAUGAUGACAGGGAUGGUGGCAGUUCGGAGACGGUCGGUGGCAACAGCAGCAGGCAGCAGCAAUGGUGUCGGAGCUCCACAUUAGCAACGACAGCGGGCGGUAAUGGCAGCUUCGCUGCUUCCAUUUCCUGUUCCGACAAGCUCGAUGAUGAUAGAGGCGAACGGAGCUGGGUAUGGUGGAUGGAAGAAGUAGCAGUGACGAUGAUAUUUGUUGGUGGAGGAAAGAGCUCCAGCGGUAGGGGGUUGGUCCGACAACCUUAUGAUACUUCGUCCUUGUUUAGGCUCACCGAGAAAGACAAGGGUCGAGAUGGAGUAGGAUAUGGGAUGAUGUUUGAUGGUGAUUCACGGUGA